AUGUCUACAGAAUACCCUGAUACCAUGAGCUGUAAAGAAGCAUUUGAUCAAAUGACGAUAUGUCUAUCGUUAGGUGGUCAAUUCAGAAAUUAUUACAGAUAUGGUAAAUUUAAUCAAUGUGAAGUACAAUUAGAAAAGUUUAAAUUUUGUCUCUUCAAUGGUAAAGAUCCUGUAAAGGUUCAAGAAUGGUAUCGAAAACAAAUGGAAUACAAUAAGGAACACCGUGGUAGUUCAGAUGAUAUUUGGGAAGAACGUUGA